UAUUCUCAGGUAACAACGGCAGUGAGGUGAAUGCUGACGUAACCGAGUGAAGCUGUGACUCGCUGCAGAAGAAUCCACGGCGGGGGUGGAGCCAUGCGAGCUACCACGCCCACCUGUACUCCCUGACCACUCUCACACGCCCACAUGACGCCCACUGGACCCCCUCCAGGCACCUCCCCAGGGCCGCCAACACCAAGCUUCCUCAUCACGCCCACGCCGGGCGACACUCUCCCAGGUCCCUGUCCAUUCACCAGCUGCUCCCGGGCAUACGAUGAGGGACUCUGGUGACGCCGGAGGGCCUGCGGGGGGUGGCAGGGGGUCUUUGGCCCCCCUGCUGCUGCCGCUGUGCCUCCUGUUGUUAUUGCUGGCUCCCGCUGUGUCCGCCUGUCCCACCGCCUGCACCUGCGAGGCAGUGCCGCCCAGGAGGUCCUCCGCAUUGUCCCGACGAAGUGUCUGGGCGGCCAAGACGGAAGUCCCGGCCGCCCACAACACCAACAACGUGACUCUGGUGUGUCGGGACGCAGGGCUGAUGGCACCUCCUGACCUCGUCGCCCUCAACGGCCUCGACCCUGCCACCGUCAGCAAGAUGGAUCUGAGCAAGAAUGGCAUAACGGAGCUGCACGAGUAUUCCUUCAGCCUCUACCCUUCCCUGCACACCCUGAAGGUGUGUGGCAACAGGCUAACGACCAUAGCGGCCGGAGCGUUCCAGGACAUUCCCUUGAGAGUGCUGGUGCUGGACAACAACAAGCUGUCAGAGCUGGUGGCUGACUCCCUCCCUGCCAGUCUGAGGGAGAUCUCCCUUGAGAGGAACACCUUCACCUCCAUCCCUCCCUCCCUCACUGCCCUACAUGGCCUCCAGUUUCUCAACCUUGCGCGAAACAGACUCACUGCCCUGAAGGACGGCGACCUACGUGGCCUGCACAACCUCCAACGCUUGUCACUACACCAGAACAGGAUCUCAACGGUGGAGUCCCGAGCUUUGGCACCGCUACGAAACCUUGAAAAACUAGACCUAGAGGUGAACACGUUGACAGAGGUGCCGACGGCGGUGACUCGCUGCCUUAAAUUGAAAGAACUGUUGCUGGGCAGUAACAGGCUGACAUACGUGGGUGAGGACUCGUUCAAGGGAUUGGCGCGGCUACAGGACGUGGCGCUGUGGCCCAACCAACUGCUCACUAUCCAUCAAAGAGCCUUCUCCAACCUCCCCUCCCUUACCAAGCUCAUCCUGAAGGAGAUGAAGCAGCUGCAGGAAUUUCCUGAUCUGAACGGCACCUCGAGUCUUGAGCUAAUCAGGAUAGACCGCGCUGCCCUCACCGCAGUGCCCGAGAACCUGUGCUCAGUUGCCCCCAAACUCCGCAGCCUGAACCUCCAGAGGAACUCAAUCAGCGAGAUGCCGGACCUCAACCGCUGUCGUCAACUCCGCCUAAUAGACCUGAGCCACAACAACAUCAGCUCCCUGCCGGCGGCCACCUUCAGCAGUCUCUCCUUCCUCCAGGACCUCCUCCUCCAGGGCAACCGUGUCCAUACCAUCCACAACAACACCUUCAACGGCCUUGAGAAACUCCAGGUCUUGCAGCUGGAGGACAACCUCAUCACCAGCAUCCACCAGGACGCCUUCCUCCCCCUCGUCAGCCUCGAGGACAUUAACCUGGGCAACAACAGCUUCCCGGAGCUGCCUGCCCAAGGCCUGGAGCAUGUCGUCUCCAUCAAAGUCCACAACAACCGUCACCUCAGGGUUUUCCCCGGGCCUGAGAGCUUCCCUAUGGUCAGAGCCCUCACCCUCUCCUACGCCUACCACUGCUGCCCCUUCCUCAGGCUAGAGGAUCAUACGGAAGCACCCCAAAUCAUCGAGGAAGUCAUCUAUAGUGGGGAUGGUUUCAAGGGACUCGACCCGACUAUAUGGAACGUGUCCAGCGUGUGGCCAGAAACAGCAGGAUUGCGCACAAACUUUGCAGCCAUUUGGGCUAACCUGGCUGCUGACUUCCCUCCAGCCAAUACCGACCUGGUUGACACCACCUCGCUCGACCUGGGAGAAGCCACCGCCGCCACCCACACCCUGCCCCUCCUGCCUCGCCAUCAGGUCCUCUGCAACCCCGAACCAGGUCCGUUUAUGCCGUGUGAGGAUCUCUUCGACUGGUGGACACUGCGGUGUGGGGUAUGGAUAGUAUUCCUGCUGGCACUGCUGGGGAACGGCGCGGUAGUGGUGGUGCUCGUGUUUGCCAGAGCCAAGAUGGACGUGCCCAGGUUCCUCGUCACUAACCUCGCCUUCGCCGAUUUCUUCAUGGGACUCUACCUAGGGUUCCUGGCGGUGGUAGAUGCCUCGACGUUGGGAGAGUUCCGUAUGUAUGCUAUCCCUUGGCAGACGUCAGUUGGGUGCCAAGUGGCAGGCUUCUUGGGUGUGCUGAGCUGCGAACUCUCUGUUUACACGCUCACCGUCAUCACCAUGGAGCGUAACUACGCCAUCACUCAUGCAAUGCACCUCAACAAGCGUCUCUCCCUGCGGCACGCCGCCUACAUAAUGGUGUUGGGCUGGCUCUUCGCCUGCACCAUGGCCCUUCUACCUCUCAUCGGAGUAUCAGACUAUCGCAAGUUUGCCGUGUGUCUACCCAUCGAGACGAAAGGCGCUGGUCUGGGUUAUGUAGUAUUUCUAAUGUUCAUAAAUGGCGUUGCCUUUCUUAUCUUGAUGGGGUGUUACCUCAAGAUAUACUGUGCCAUCCGCGGUUCUCAAGCAUGGAACAGCAAUGACUCGCGGAUUGCCAAGAGGAUGGCUCUCCUGGUGUUCACCGACUUUAUUUGUUGGGCACCCAUAGCGUUCUUUUCUCUGACUGCUGCCUUUGGAUUACAGUUAAUAUCGUUGAAAGAAGCCAAAGUGUUUACUGUUUUCAUCCUACCCUUUAAUUCAUGUUGUAAUCCAUUUUUAUAUGCCCUGUUAACCAAACAGUUUAAGAAAGACUGUGUGAUGUUGUGCAAGACAAUUGAAGAAUCUCGUGUAACGAGAGGAAUUGGACGCUGCCGUCACUCAUCAAAUUUUAGUAACCGCCAGACUCCGGCCAACACCAACAGUGCACUGGAGAACUCCUCACGUCAGGAUAACCAGUUGUGUCGUUGCCAGAACAAGACACAAGAAUCACAGAAACUCCACCACCGCCUACGUAUAUCAGCACUAAAAUACCUUUUCUGCCACAAAGAUACUGAGGGACUCAAUUCCACUAGCGACUUUAGUUACCAGCCCACCAAAAGUGCUGUCAAGUCUAAGCGUCACACUUCUGUUUCGAGCGAGACUUACAGUUCUUCCUGGUCGGACACUUGGCGUCGAGGCCAUGCAGCCAUGUCCCUACGGAUACUUGACCGUCGUCACCACAAUUCCUGGUACCUGUCUCGCAAGCCUUCGCAGGAGAGCAAUCUUUCCUCUUCUCGUAAUGACUCCUCAGCCACCACAGCCUCAACAUCUACGUGGCGGAUAUCUCGGUCUUCUGUGUCAUCUGAUAUAUCUAGCAGUGGUUCAAGAGGUGUGGGUAAAUCUGACGUGGCCCCAACUUUACGGUUGGGGUCUCUGAGAGAACGUCGAGGGGAAUGUCACAUACAGAUCCCAACUCGACAGAUUACUCAUCAUCACCAAGCACUGCUGGUGAGGCAGCAGUCUGGCGCAUCCGGCCAACGAUCAGCCCCAAUCACAUCGGCAGUCCGCAUCAAGCCUCGGUUACAAAGACAGAGUGCCAUUGAGCGUGAAACAUAUAUACCCAAUAAGGCAGCAGGGGGACAAAAUGAAAUAACAUGCCCGCUGCACCAACGAUCUGAUAACCUCUCUUGUGUAUAUGAACAAGAAAGCUAUGAAGAGGAAGACCAUGAGGCCUCAAAAGAUUAUUUAAACCCACGCUGUCCUAUGGCAGGACUUACUGUGACAUUCAUUCCACGUAAACUGAGCACCAUCUCCUCCCAUUCAGUUAGUGUUGUCAGAGACGCAGAGGGCGAUGAACCUGCAGUUGGACCCUGUGUGGAUGUACACAGCUCUAGCGAUCCAUUUCCAAUGUCCAAUUGUGACUUUUCACGGGGAGGGAAAUGUGUGAGUUUGACGCUUCUUCCGCAGUCUUCUUCACAAACGAGUCCUUCACGCUUUCCCUCGGACGGUCACUUACCCCGCUCUCCUCGAUGCACAGAACUUCUAUACUUCACCAACUUAGCAGCCCCGGCCCUUAUAGUCCCAAGCACUGAACAAAACGCUGAGUCUCCUCCCAAAGAUCUCGAUGCAACACCAAAAAAUCAUUAUGGUCAAGCAAUCCUCAUUCACAGUCAGCCACGGUCUCCACAAAGUCUUGAGCACGAUGAGUGUAUGGAGUCCACCGCACUGAUGGAUGAUGAUUGCUAUGGUGACGAUGAAGUGUUUGAAGAAGAAAAUAAGAGUCGUGAAAGACCUUUAGAAACACACUUUCCACUUGACGAUCCUCCUGGGGAAACACGCCCUCUUAUAUGAUAACUUUUUACUGUUUUUACAAAUGUGGAACAGUAACGAGGAAAAAAUACUAGCUCUCGAAACCGGUGACAAAGAUCUGAACCUUUCCACCUUUUAUCCUCGACUGUCCACCAACAUAAAACGUCUAAAACUUUACUUCAUAAUUACUGUUAUAAUCAGCAUGCUGUGAAAACAAUACCUACAUUUUUAUAAUUGUUCUAUAAUGCCAUGCAUCUUCACAAUAGCAAACUUUUCCUCCAAGUGCUCAGAGUUAGCCCUCAGCUCUCCGUUGUAGCUCUUUUUAGGCAUAGUUACAAAGUUACCAACGAUGCAUUUGUGCCUCUGUACCUGUUCUGAACAUUCUGAGGAAAAUUUCCAUGUGAUGUAGUGAUGCCUGGGCAUAGUGUGGAGGAAGAUGGAGCUUGAUGGUGGGUGGUGAGGUGUGUGAAGGAAGGUGAAAAGUGAUGUUGGGUGGUGAGGUGUGUGGAGGAGGGUGAAACAUGAUCGUGGGUGGAGGAGGGUGGAAUGUGAUGGUGGGUGUUGAGGUGUGUGGAGGAGGGUGGAACGUGAUGUGGGGACACAGAGGAUGGACGUUGGCUCGGCUCUGGGACCAGAUUCAACUUUAGUCCUCCUUCUUUAGAGUUAAUUAUUUAUGGUGCUCUCUGGUGACUUUUAAACUGUGUACGUAUGAUAUUAACAAAGACGUUGUGUCGAAUUUGUUAUCUUCUGUUACGUGUAUGCUAACAGUAUGCAAGUUAUGCAGCAUGGGGUACCUGUUGCACCCCUGAUACACCAUAUAACUAUGUACAAGUUUUUAUGUGGUUCCAAGAAUGAAACAAAGUUAUUACAGCGUUUGAGGAAAUACAGUGGUCCAGUGGAAGAAAACUGAUUAUAUUUAUAUUAAAACUGUAAAUGGUGUUGACGAUUUAUUAGAUAAAGGUUUCUUAAGAAAUUAGUAGACAUAUGAAAGUGAACUGUGUGAAAGUGAACCCAAGUAUUAUGAAGUCUUUUUAAAUAUGGCAGUCUUUAGUGCCAUUAUAAAUACUACUCUUGCUGGUGAAGUUCAAAAUCGAUCUCUCUGUCGUGCUGAGGAGAGUGAGGUUCAUUGUGUGUUUUCAGCACAUCAUGGUAAAUUGCGUCUCACCUCAUUUUGAAUGUGAUUCAUUUAGGAAUCUUAAUGUCUUUUAUGUGUGUCGGACAUUGAUUGUAAGUUCUCCAGUGCUGUGAGCUGAUGAAACACCAAAUUAUAUGAUCAUUUGACAAAAGAUGUCAGUCCCUUGUGUUUUAAACAGUCACUACAGUGUGGUGUAUAGAAGUAAGGAAAGGGUGUGUUAUUAAUAAUGUCGAAACUACCAUGCCACUAUUACACUUCACUGGAUGACACUGAAAAUAUGUGUGUGUGUGUGCGUGUGUUUUGUGUAUGGGGAGGAGGGGGGUGGUGGUGUGGAAAUAACAGGUUAGUGCUCAGGUUUAUUUUUGAUGUUUCGAAUUCACAUUCGUUAAAAUGUCUUCAAAAGAAAACUUGUAAAGUUGAAACGUCAGGAAUAAACCUAAUGUCUAACCUGUUAUGUUCAUACACCCCCACUCUCCA